AACUCUUUGAACGUCUACAAAUCUCCCGAAAGAAUUGCUUUCUACUUGGAAUCCUGCCCAGCCUGGAUCGCAGACAUUUCCCUUGAGAUGGAUUUGAAAUUACUGAUGAAUCCCUCGCCCCAUGGCACGGAUAACAAGAAUGGGAAACCACGCAAGUUAUCAGAGCCCUCAGUUCCCUCAGAUGCCACAUUUGGCAGGGCCGAGUCGAAAGAUACAAUAAAUUUACGAUACGUUAGACCGAACAGAUUCAGAUAUGAUGGAAUGAAGCUUCCAAACACAGUGUCAAAUCAUCUCAUCUCUAUGCACAACUGUCCCUGUUGCGACAAGGCAUAUCCCACGAUGAACGACCUCGAGCUGCAUUAUUUGACUAGUCAUGCUUGUUGUGUAUAUCCAAGAUUCAAAUGCCUCCGCUGUGGACAAAGAUUACAAUGCUUCCAAUGUCUCCAUGUCCACUUGCACGAAUGUAUAGACCAAACACCUUUAUCAUCUGGCACUUCAUUGGGAAACAUCUACGCUGGAUCCUCUGCUUCUACUACCGUCUCCUGUGUACGCCAUGGGCGGCGAAGGAAGUACCACGAUAGCGCACAUAACAUACAACACUCUCCGCGACAGACGAGUCACUCUUAUCCUAGCAAGCUACCCACGUUAAAGCGCUCGAAUUCGGCGUCUUCAUUUGGAAGCGCUAAUAGCGGUGUAUCGCAUCCACCUCGAACGGAAGGUCGUAAACUAAGAAAAGUCGUAGAUGCUUCUUUUAGUGACUUGGCUGCCCGUGCAGAUACAUCGCAAUACUCGAGUUCGGAUUCCCUUUCUCGUGUCGAAUCAUGGGCGGACACGCUGCAACUUGGUCGACCUUCAAAGGGUAAGAUUUAA